AUGAGCAGGUACAAACUAACUUCCCUUGUGUUUGAUUCCCAAAAAGCCGACAUCAAGUUUACAAAUGAGAAACCUACAUUACCGGUGAAAAAGAAAUCACCCAAAAUCAAUACAGGGACAAAUUAUUUGGAUAUUUUGAAUUCACCAUCGGAUACUGGUAAUGAACCGGAGGAACGCCGACUAGAUUCUCAGCAGCCAGACAAACAUUUGUCUCCACUGACACCAUCGGCACCACCACCACCACCACCACCGCUACCACCGCCAGCUGCACCGCCUUCUCCCUCACCGCAGCCGGCACCACAAUUUACAUCGCCACUUCCGGAACCGACGUUAUUUGACCAUCUUACACCGCCUUCCUAUCCCGCUGAAGACGGAGAUACAACAGUCAAACCGAAGAUAAACUUGUUUGCAGAACUUGAAGCCCAGUCUCAAUUCAUGAUGGGGUCACGUGAUGAAGAGACAAUGGAAUCCAACAGCAGCUGGACAACCGAUGACCAACAGCCUCUGGCGGAGAGUUCGCCACGAGAGAAACGACGAGGGGGAGGUCGUCCUCCGGACUUUUCAUUGACCGGAAGUGUGAGAUUCCCCGUACAACCAGAUAACAGGAUGUCCAAUAUCUACAACAAUGAUUCCAUGCGAAGAUUUGACCCGACGAUAUACUAG